GUUUGCUCUAUGGGGACAGAAGCUGACUGCCAUGCUCCUUGUGCAGACUUUUCAUGGACCUAGGAGUCCCAGCAGAAGCUCCGUCACAGACUGAAAAUGAAGACAUCUGGGCUGCCGGCUUGGAGGGCCUCAGCAGAGCUGAUUCUUCUCUGUGCUGCUCUGGGUUCUCUCAGUUUAUCUGGCUCCAGAGCUGGAAGGCCACACUCUCUUGAGUCGAACGCAGUCAAUGUGAGCCUUGCUAAGAGCAGACAGACGCGGAGUGUGGGUGUCAUGCUGAUGCCUGUUAAUUGUGAAAUGUCCAGCUGGUCCUCCUGGACCACGUGUGAUCCCUGUCAGAAGAAAAGGUACAGACAUGCCUACUUGCUCCAGCCCUCUCAGUUCUAUGGGGAACCGUGUAACUUCUCUGACAAGGAAGUUGAAGACUGUGUUACCAGCAGACCAUGCAGAAGUCAAGUGCGAUGUGAAGGCUUUGUGUGUGCACAGACAGGGAGGUGUGUAAACCGCAGACUUCUCUGCAACGGGGACAAUGACUGUGGAGACCAGUCCGACGAAGCAAACUGUAGGAGGAUUUAUAAAAAAUGUCAGCAUGAAAUGGACCAAUACUGGGCAAUUGGUCGUCUGGCCAGUGGGAUAAAUCUGUUCACCAACAGUUUUGAGGGCCCGGUGCUCGAUCACAGGUAUUACGCUGGGGGAUGCUCCCCCCAUUACAUACUGAACACGAGAUUUAGGAAGCCCUACAAUGUGGACAGCUACACCCCACAGACCCAAGGCAAAUACGAAUUUGCACUGACAGAAUAUGAAUCGUACUUGGAUUUCGAACAUAACAUCACAGAGACAAGGGCAAGCCUGUCUAGUUUCGGCUUUGGUUUUAAAAUACCUGGAAUUGUUGAACUUGGUUUCAAUAGAGCAAGUGGUAAUAGCAAACAUUUUAUUAGCAGAACCAAACGAUUCUCUCACACUAAAAGCACAUUUCUGCACGCGCGCUCUGACCUUGAAGUAGCACAUUACAAGCUGAAACCCAGAAGCCUUAUGCUCCAUUACGAGUUCCUUCAGAGAGUCAAGCUGCUGCCCCUGGAGUAUAGUUAUGGGGAGUACAGAGAUCUCUUCCGUGAUUUCGGGACCCACUACAUCACAGAGGCUGUGCUGGGGGGCGUUUACGAAUACACGCUCAUCAUGAACAAAGAGGCCAUGGAGAGAGCAGAUUACUCUCUUAAGGAUGUCCAAGCCUGUGCCCAGAAUGGUUUUAGAUUCGGCAUCGGCAUUGAGGUGGUCUACGUCAAGCUCGGUGUGUCAGUGGACAUAUGCCGGGGUAUUCUGAAUGAAAUAGGAGACAGAAACAAGAGAAACACUAUGGUGGAUGACUUGGUGGUCCUUGUGCGAGGAGGAGCCAGUGAGCACAUCACCACCCUGGCCUAUAAGGAGCUGCCGACGGCCGACCUGAUGCAGGAGUGGGGAGACGCGGUGCAGUACAACCCAGACAUCAUCAAAAUUAAGGCAGAGCCUCUGUAUGAACUGGUGACAGCCACAGACUUUGCCUACUCCAGCACAAUAAGGCAGAACAUGAAGCGGGCUCUGGAGGAGUUCCAGAAGGAAGUCAGCCCCUGCCACUGUGCUCCCUGCCAAGGGAAUGGAGUCCCUGUCCUGAAAGAAUCACGCUGUGAAUGCAUCUGUCCUAUUGGAUUCCAGGGAACAGCCUGCGAGGUCACCCAUGAGAAAAAUGUCCCCAUUGAUGGGAGGUGGAGUUGCUGGUCAGACUGGUCUCCGUGUUCUGGAGGACAUAAAACAAGACAAAGGCAGUGCAAAAAUCCACCUCCUCAAAAUGGAGGCAGUCCCUGCUUGGGCCCUGCUUCAGAAACACUUAACUGUUAAGGAAGAAGUGCUUCUAGUAGAUAACUGCUGUGGGCUGCACACCGCAAGAGCUCUGAGCCCUGAGGAACUAAGGCCCAGUUACCACAUACCAGCUCCCACCUGGGGCCAGCCCGAGAAUAGAGGGCUGUGCCAUUCAGGGUGUUUGAAAUAAAGAUGUUAUUGGCAAAAUGCA